UGGUCUGCUUCCGGUUAAAGGUUGAUAUCGACAACUUGUGUUUUAUACAUGAUUUGAGAAUAAAACAUAAUAUACAAACACUUUAACUUUAACAUCAUUAAAAUACAAUGAUUAUUGAGCAAGUUGAAGCUCUGAAAACAUGGUUGACGAAUAAACUAUCUCCAAUCUGUGAUGCUGAACCAAGUGCUUUGGCAAAAUAUGUUUGUGCUUUAGUAAAGAAAGACAAACCUGAACAAGACUUACGUGAUAUUUGUGUUGAUCAGCUGGAUGUUUUUCUUCAGCAGAAUACAAAACCAUUUGUUGAUGAGCUGUUUGAGGUUCUCAAAUCUAAACAGUACAUUCCACCUGCCUCUGAAAAGACUCGGCCUGUUGUAGUAGCUGCACCUAUCAAACCAGAAAAUAAGCCAGACAUUAAAACUCCUCAUCUUUUACCAGGAAAGGAUAAAGAAGAUGCACCAAAGAGGAAGUUCUCAGAAAUUUCCUCUACAACUGAUGAUAAGGAAAAUAAAGAAAGUUCUGCUGUUAUAUCACUGACUGGUACAAAAGAACCUUCUAGUGAUUUUAAGGAAUCAAAAGAUAUCUCAAGAGAACCUCGAGCAACUUCUCGUGAUGCUCGUGAUAGAGACCCUGAAGGCUCUAGGGAUCGCAGGGACUCUUGGAGAGAUGAGAAAAAUAAAGAGGGUAUCAGGGAUGCUCGAGAUAUCAUUAGAGAAAAUAGAGAGAGAGUUGACAGAUUGGAUCCGCGUGCUGACACCAGGGAAGUCAGGGAACCUCGGGACCGUGACCACAGAGACAGAGAACGCGACUUUAGAAGGAGGCGGACACGGAGCCGCAGUAUAAGUCCUAGAAGAAGAGAAUAUGAUGACAGAAGAAAAAGAUAUGAUGAAAGGCCUAGAUAUUCGCCAGAUAGGAGAUGGGGGCGUAGAAGGAGUUGGUCUCGUAGUCCAAGGAGAGUUCGCUCUCCCAUUGAUAGAAAUUUAAGGGCCCGGUCAAGGAGCCCCAGACUCAGAUCAAGAAGUCCAAGAUAUCGGCCCUUCAGAUCUAGAACAAGGUCACGGUCACCUAGGCCCAGAUCGUGGAGCAGACUUGGCAGCCCUGCUAGGCUAAGGACUAGGUCACCAUCCAAUGUACGACAACCAGACAGUCGAGGUUCCACCCCUCUUCAAGACAAUGAUUAUAUCUCUUCAUCAACCAAUGAUUUACCUGCAGUUACUAGCACUGUAGGAUUUCGUGCUGGUGAAGAACGUAGUGAUAAUAGAAUACCUACAAAUUUGGAUGUUCCUCCACCUGUAUUCCCCACUAAUGCAAGACUUCGUUGCCAAAACUUUGAAGAAAAGGGGUUUUGUAUGCUGGGUGAUGUAUGUCCAUAUGACCAUGGCUCAGAUCCUGUAGUGGUGGAGGAUGUCUCAAUACCCAGUGUUCUACCUGGAUCUAAUGGCCCAAGCAUAGCAGCUGCAUCAUCUGUUGGGUUUAUCCCCCCUGAUCUUCGUGUUCCCCCACCUGGUCAUAUAGGGAUGCGUAUUAACUUGAAUCGGCCUCCACCAACACAUGUUGAGCCAUAUUUACCUGAAGCCCCCAGGCUUCAAGGUCCACCUCGAGUACCUUUCAUCAGAGGGCCACCAGAUUUGAGACAGCCACCUCCUGGUAUGAUCUUAAACAGACCACCCCAUCCAGAUCAAUACUACCCACCACGCAGAGAAAUUAUCAUGAACAGACCUCUUUUAUCUGACGAUGCAGCUGAUAAUCUGCAAGAAUCUUCUAGAAUAGUCAUUCCAGCAAAGAGACCUUACAUUGGCAUAGACAGUGAUCCAAAUCUUGUGACUGGGCCACCUCCCCCUAGGAUGGCCUAUGUCAACCAGCAUCACAGUAUGUUUGGUGUCCCACCACAGCAGCCACUGAUACCACCACAGCUACAACCACCACAGCGCCGGGGAUUUGAUUACAGCAGGCUUGGAAAUAGAGGAAGCAUCAGACCACAAGUUCCUCGUCUACCUUAUAAAACUGGAAAUUUAACUUUAGAAGUUCGCAAGAUUCCUCCAGAGUUCAACAAUAUUGCCAAGCUCAAUGAACACUUUGGAAAAUUUGGAAAUCUCACUAAUAUUCAGGUCAAAUAUCAAAAUGACCAGGGAGCUGCAUUAAUCUCAUUCUCCAAUAAUGGGGAAGCAACAGCUGCUUAUCGCAGUCCUGAGCCUGUGUUCAACAACAGAUUUAUCAAACUUUUCUGGCACAACCCAGAAAAGCAGGUGGACAUGGAUGGUGAGACAGAAAGCCCUGUUGUUACUAUGAGGGAGGAUGGUAAAGAUGUCAAUUUACCAUCAGCAGUUACAGGUGGAAGGGUUGGAGAUGGGAUUGAUCACCCUUCAUUGGUACUACCUGUACGCCCAAACAUACCCCCAGCCCAUAAACUGCAGCUAGACAACACAAAACCAAAAGUAGGAGCCCCGGAGCCUGUAGAAGCUACUCCUGGUAAUGAACCAGUUGAAAAGUCUAUUGUGUAUACAUCAUCUGUGGGCAAUUUAAAAAAGACAGUAUUUAACCCAUCUGCCACUGUGCCGCCUACAACCACAGUCAAACCAAAAGGUGCGGUACCUUUCACUAGUCCCACUGCUGUUAAAACAGCUGAUUAUGUCUCAAGGAUGGAAGCAAUCAAAAGACAGGAAGAAGACAAAAAGCUUGCUACAGUCAAGCAAGCAGAACUUGAAGUGAAGAAACAAGAAUUACUGUCAAAACAAAUAGAACAGCAAAAGAUUCUCAUUGAGACAUUAGAGAAGAAGAGGAAUGUGUUAAGUGAGGAAGAGAAAAAAAGUCUCUUACAGGCUUUGCGUACAAUAUCUGAUGCUAUUGAUAAAGUGAAGUAUGGAACAGGAGCAAAAAAGCCACCUGCUACGGGUGCUUUUCCAACUCCACCUCAUGCUCAGUUUAAAUAUGUUAGCAGCCAAGAACAUGUGCAGCAACCAGCGCCAAUUCCUGCACAACCAAUGUAUGGAAGAGGCAGGGGCUGGUCUGGUGGUAGAGGUGCUUGGAUUCCUAGAGGGCGUGGUAGAGGCUUAGUACAGUUUGGAGGUCGCACCCAUCUUGACAAUCGUCCAAAGACAGUGGAAGUUAAAGGGUUUGACCUGGCAGAACUUGAAGAAAUCAAAGCUCAUUUUUUGAAAUUUGGUGAAAUUGACAAAGAGGAAAUAGUUGAGGAAAUCCCUAGUGCAUUUUUUACAUUUUCUUUGAGACAUUCAGCUGAAAUGGCUGUGGCCCAAGGUGCCAAGUUUAAAAAGAAGAUACUUGUCGUCAGAUGGAACCAGAUCACACCAAAGAUAAGUAGAGCAGAAUCAACACAAAGUUCAGAAGUUGAUGAAGAUCUGUCUGUCAACCUGGAAUCAUUGGACGAUGAUAUUUUACUAGAGAUGAGUGGAGAGGAGAAGCUUGAGAACUCUAACACUGACUCUUUGUCAAGUGCUGUGCCGAAUCAAUCUCUAGAGCCUAGCAGUGCUGCAUCUGAGGUACAGGAAAUGGAAGAGGAUUCUCGCACAUUUGUAGACAGUGUGAAAGAAGACAAACCAUUGGUGGUUGAGAGUAAGUCAGUCAUCUAUGAGCGCAGCCUUAGUGAGGAUUUACUAGCAGGAGAUGAAGAGCAUUUUAAGGCUAGUUACACAGAUGAAGAGGAUGAUGAAGAUCAUAUCACUGUAACACUGUCCAGCACUGCCUCCACUACUCCAACCAUAUACACCAGUGGUGCUAGCUAUAACGCUGCAGUUAGCAUGGAACAGGAGACUCGUGAUAUCAUAGAAGAAGAGGACAUGAAUACAAAUCUAGAUUACAAUGAAGAAGGCUCGUGGAACUGAUGCUAAUUCGUUGUUAGAUUUUUAUUGUGUCAAUUUUUAUUUUUUUUGUUAAUUAAGGGCUACUUGAAGCAGAUUUUAUUUAGAUAUCAUUAUAUGCCUAUUUUAAAUGUUUCUUUCUGUUUGAAAUGUAAAUGCAUGUAAUUGAAAUCUUUUGUUAAUUACAAUAUUGUCAGAGGUUUAAUUUUUAUUAAAUAAAAUGUCUUGAGCUUCUAAAAUUAAAUAAAAAAUCAGAAUUUUUUACUUUUAAGACUAUUUGUUAAGUUAAAAUUUAAAUGAAAGAUUAGCAUUUAGAGAUAGCAGCAAAUAAGAUUGUUCAGUAAGGUUUCUAUUCAUUCAUGUUUUUAUGUACUGUAGUUGUUUUUCCAUAAAUAUGCUGUUGGCAUUCUGCUCAUCAUUUUAUUUUAUGACUCCAAGGGUUAUUGAUUAAAUGGCUGCAUUUAUGUUUCAUAAAGAUACUGCAUUUAAGAUUGUCUUGAGGUUUUAUUUUUAAAUAGUUACAGGUACAAGUUACUUAUUCAUUUACAUUAAUUUCUAAAAGUUGAUGCAUUUUUUUUCAAUUAUACAUUCUCAUUACAUUGUAAAAUAAAUUGUUUUAUAUUAUUUUUGUGGUUUUUUUAUUUGGCUUUCAGACAAGUUUAGAAUGUCUUCAAUUUAUAGUGAUCUAUUAUUUGUAUGUAUUUUUGUAAAUGUGUGAAUUUCCACCAAUCUGACAUGAUGCAAAAAUUGUACAUGUACAGUAUCAAUAAUGCGUACACGUUAAUUGGUUUUUUUGUGAAAGGAGAAAAGUAUUUUGUAAUCUAAAUGCUUUGAAAUUUCAGAUAUUUUUGUUUAAUAGUUGGAAAACUAUUAGUCAGAUAUGUUUACAGUAUUUUUCACCCAUAAAUCAUGUUUUCUUAGUAAAUAUUAAGUCUUUACCCCUAUUCACUAUGUUCUAAAAUGUUCAAUGUUUACCAUCUCACUAAGUUUUUUUUUAAAAGCUGUUUUAAAACAAUGUAAAUUGACCCGAAUGACCCUCAACAAGUGUUAGUGAAAUUCUUCCCUAUGAAAUCUAAAUGUGAAUAUAUGAAAACUCACCCUGGUAAUUUUGCACUGCAUCAGAUGUGAUUCAUGAUUUUGUCAUAGACAGAAAGUUGUUUUCAUUUGAAUUAAUUUAUUACCUCAUGUAGUAUCUCUAUAGGCCAUUUUAAAUGAAGUUUGUUGUAUUAUCCAUGAGCUUCUAUUAUGUUAAAUGUUUAUUUUUAACUUGUUUGAAUUCCUAAGUUACCAUUUAGGUUAAAAUUAUUUGAUUGACCAUUUCUUUUUGCUUUAAUCUGUCAAUAAAUCUGCAAAUCUCA